CGAGAGUAGUUUGAUCAUUCCGGCAUUGACGGUGGACGGUGUUUGGAGACUGUUCUGUUUACGGGCGGGGGCUGGACUGCUGACGACCCAGACGGAUAUGAACCGAAGGAAACCUCGUGGUUUAUCCCGUAAAAACGUGGAUAAAUAGGGCUGUUUGGAAACAGAAUGCGGGUCCGGAGCUGGCGUCCCCGCGGACCGCUGCUUCAUCCCCGGGGCAGCGUUCCUGCUGGCGGACACUUUCACCACUAACUGUCGCAGUUUGGGAACCAAAAUCCUUUUUGUUUUGGUUUAUUUAUUUAUUUUUUGUAUUAUUUUGUAAGAAGCCCGUUUGUUUUGCAUGCUUGGUCGCAACGACGGAGGAGGAAGCGACGUGGGCGGUGGAUGCUCGAUCUCCCCCGUGGGGGGUCGGGGGAGGAGGAACUGAAAUGGCUGAUGGUUGGCUGGAGUCGCGUGCUGGUGGUGUUACGUCCAAAGAGAUGCACCUUCCCAUCGGUUUGUCUGACGCGUGGACUCAUUUGAAAGAGCUGGGGUGUUGGCCGGAGGCGCCGUGAUGCACUGAGGGGGCAGGAUCUGCAUCGUCUGCAUCGUCUGCAUCGUCUGCAACAUGCGUAGCGCGGCCUCACGAGUGACGCUGCACGUUCACGCUGGGGAAAGAUGCUUCACUCCAACACUGCUGGGCUUCCAGAAGCUGGGAGGAUCAACUCCAGUGGCUGGGGGCUCGUUACGAGGCGUCUGAACCUGACGGAGGACGUCUCCAUGGCAACCGUGUCCCAGGACUCCUGGUCUCCGGCAGAGCCGGUCCCCCCGACGGGCCCGGCCCCGACGGGCCCCCCGGCCGUCAGCCUGCCUCUCCAGGUGUUCCUGUGCGUGGCCAUGGCCGCCAUCCUGCUGGUGGCCCUGACGGGGAACGUGGUGGUGUGUCUCAUGGUGUACCAGCGCUCGGCCAUGCGCUCCGCCAUCAACAUCCUCCUGGCCAGCCUGGCCUUCGCAGACAUGAUGCUGGCCAUCCUCAACAUGCCCUUCGCCCUGGUCACCGUGGCCACCACCAGCUGGAUGUUCGGAGACGCUUUCUGCCGAGUGUCGGCCAUGCUCUUCUGGUUCUUCGUGAUGGAAGGAGUGGCCAUACUGCUUAUAAUAAGCAUCGAUCGCUUCCUCAUCAUUGUUCAGAAACAAGACAAGCUGAGCCCGCAGAGAGCCAAGCUGCUCAUCGCCGUCACCUGGGGACUCUCUUUUGUUCUCUCCUUCCCCCUGGCGGUGGGCUCCCCGCCCCUGCACUUCCCCCCCAGGGCCCCGCAGUGCGUGUUCAACUACAGCGGCGAGCCGGGCUACCACGCCUACGUGCUGAUCCUCACGCUGGUCUUCUUCUUCGUGCCGUUCCUGGUCAUGCUGUACACGUUCCUGGGGAUCCUGAACACCAUCCGCCACAACGCCGUGCGCAUCCACAGCCACCCGGACGGCCUGUGCCUGAGCCAGGCCAGCAAGCUGGGCCUGCUCAGCCUGCAGAGGCCCUUCCAGAUGAACGUGGACAUGAGCUUCAAGACCCGCGCCUUCACCACCAUCCUCAUCCUGUUCUCGGUGUUCACCGUGUGCUGGGCGCCCUUCACCGCCUACAGCCUGCUCACCACCUUCAGCCGCGGCUUCUACCACAAGGACAGCUUCUUCCGGACCAGCACGUGGCUGCUGUGGCUGUGCUACCUCAAGUCGGCCCUCAACCCGCUCAUCUACUACUGGCGGAUCAAGAAGUUCCGCGACGCCUGCCUCGACCUGAUGCCCAAGUACUUCAAGUUCCUCCCUCAGCUGCCGGGCAACACCAAGAGGCGCAUCCAGCCCAGCGCCGUGUACGUUUGCGGCGAGCAUCGCUCCGUGGUUUGAAAUCCACUCUUACACACUGUUUUGAAAGGAGUCUAACCUGCCGGUAGCAGGGCCGGUUGUGUCACCAGGUUUUGGAUUGGACUUCACAGGAACUCAAGGCUGAGAGCAGCACUGCAACUCAAUGAGAAGAGCAGAGGUUGGUAGGUCUAAUCCAGAACGUCCAGGGCGAGGCCAAACCUGCACCAUUUGUUGUGGCUCGUACUCUCAGAGUGACGUCGUGAGGCCCGGGAGUUGUUUAAGUUACAACAUUGAACCCGUCUUUCAGCACCGAAACUUUGCAGAUCAUUUGAAGAAAAAAAGAAGCCAGAUGUGUCACAUAAAAGUAUGAAAAUACAGCUGUUUUAAAAUGUUUUCCAAAUGGAAUCCUUCAGGGAACGCCGGGUCGCUUGGACGACUGUCCUGCUUCUAGCUCGCAAGUUUAAUUCACGACGAUGUGGCAGAACGCAGUAAACCACCACGUAUCAAAGCAGCCUCGUUCCUCUAGGGCGGGGGUCGGCAACUCGCGGCUCUAAAGCCGCAUGCGGCUCUUUAGCGCCGCCCUAGUGGCUCCUGGAGCUUUUUCAAAAAUGUUUGAAAAUGGAAGUAGAUGGGGGAGGGAAAUAUAUUUUUGGUUUUAAUGUGGUUUCUGUAGGACAAAAAUGACACAAACAUUCUGAACAUUUUCCAAUACUGUAAAAAUGUGUAGAAUAAAUAUUACAUUUCAACAUUUCUGUUAACGAAGAUUUGUACGGAAGAGUAUCAGGGCCAUGCAGGAGGAAAGAUAUUUGAGAGGGGAAGAUGUGUUUUUUCAUUGUGCACUUUGAGAAAAAAGUCAAAAUGUCGAGAUUAAUGUUGAAAUACAAUUUCAAGAAUAAAGUCGAAACUUUGGCUUUUUUCUCAACAUUUCAACUUUUUUCUCGACAUUUUGACUUUUUUCUCAACAUUUUGACUUAUUUCUCGAAAUUGUACUUCAACAUUAAUCUUGACAUUAUGGCUUUUUUCUCGACAUUUCGGCUUUUUUUCUCGAAGGGCAUAAUGAAAAAAAAAUCUUCCUCCUCUAAAAUAUUAUUUUUAAUUUUCUCCUGCCUAAUACUCAUAGAUUUGCGUAACAAAAAGAGUCACAUGGAAAGACAUUAGCAUGCUACAUUAGCAGCCGAAGACCCAGUUAUUACUAAUAUAGAAACAUGCAGCAUGUGUUUUCUUCAUUCUAAGGCUUAUACAAGACUUUUAAUUUUUUGCGGCUCCAGACAUAUUUGUUUUUUGUGUUUUUGGUCCAAUAUGGCUCCUUCAACAUGUUGGGUUGCCGACACCUGCUCUAGGUGUUUCUGCACACAGUUUCUAGUUUCAAGUCUUCUUUCAGCUGUUUGACUGUAGUGAAGUUGUUCAGGUUGCAAAGCUGACUUAAGGAUAGUUUCUGUCCGGAGUUGGAAGGAACAGUCUUAGUGUCGUUAGAACGUUUGAGGAGAACUGCACUUGCUUGAACACCGGAGGACACGUGGAAACAGGGUGUUAGAAGUUGUUCUGAAUGUUUGCUUCACUGUGCUACUUUUAUCCUGUAAAAUUACACCUCUAUUCUCAAGUGAACGCUUAUUUCUUGUAAACUUGUGAUUCAUUUAUUUUUGUUCCCUCUCAUAAUUUAAGAUUUGUUUUUCCCUUCUUAGUGGCGUGAAAACUCUUUUGCAAAUAAUUUCUUCACUUGCUUGGGUUUUCUGCGCUGUGCAGUGAUUUAACCCUAACGGCCCGGAGGACGUGAGAGCUGGGGGGAGUGUGGACUAAGAUGAGACGGUUCAGCAGGAGAUUUGCACAAACAGCAGUACGGAAGUACGUUCGUAUCAGGGCAAGGCAAGAGAAAAUAAAAAUAAUAUUUUAGAGGAGGAAGAUUUUUUUUUUUUCAUUAUGCACUUCGAGAAAAAAGUCGAAAUGUUGAGAAAAAAGUCAAAAUUUGAAGACGAUAUUGAUUUGAAACACAUAUCACACUAUGCAGUUGCAUAACUUCAGAAACGUACCCUUAGUGGUAGCCUAGUGGUUACAGAGGAGGGCUGGAGUCUGGAGGACCCAAGUUCAAGCCCCUGGAUUGCAACCAAAGUCAACCCCUGAGCAAGGCCCUUAACCCUUACUGCUCCCCGGGCGCCGUGCCAUUGCAUGGCGACCACUGCUACUAGUUCAACUAGAAAAUGGGUUAAAUGCAGAGAAAGAAUUUCCCCAUUGUGGGAGUACUAAGGGAAGCUUUCUUUCUUUCUUUUUUCUUUCUUAACGUUCCACUCCAAGGAUGUAAGUUAGUUAGUUAGUUACGGCUGCUGCUGCAGAGCUGUCAGUCGCUCUAACUGGAUUUGAUGGACCAGAGGAGACAGUUACACUUUAUUCACCAAAUUGUAUUUCAACUUUAUUCUCGAAAUUUCGACUUUAUUCACGAAAUUUCGACUUUACAUGGUGUAUUUCAACAUUAAUGUCGACAUUUCGACUUUUUUUUUUCAAAAUUGUAUUUCAACAUUAAUCUCGACAUUUUGACUUUUUUCUCGAAAUUUUAUUUCAACUUUUUUCUCGACAUUUCGACUUUUUUCUCGAAGUGCACAAUAAAAAAAAAUCUUCCUCUAAAAUAUUUUUUCUCCUGCCUGGCCCUGAUACUCUUCCGUACAGCAGUGAAUCUGAGUGCAGAAAAGCCGUUUCCACUGGAGAAGCUGCUCUCACUCGCUAAUGUUAAGUGCAAUUGAACCUGGUUCAGCUGAAGCAGAAAGGACGAGGUGGAGAAGGAAAGGAAACAGAAACGGUGCCUUACAGAGAAACAUUGAAUCGCCAUGCCAACAGAUGUUAUUUUGGCAGCCUAAUCGUGAUAGACAGACAGCCGAACCCUGGAGUCCGCUCACGCUCCUGCACACCGGAAAUCUGCUUGUUGACUGUGCGGAGGAACUUUUGCAUGAUUUUAAAACCACAAAUCUCCUCCAGGAGCUAGUGCUGGGUGUGGGCUCUGCGACGCCUCGCUUCAGACUCGGGCCACCUCUUAUGUUCAUAUUUUGUAACCAAAUAUAUUACCAAACUUCCAAAAACAUUCAGCUAUGUAUUUGACCAAAUCAUGUGCCGUGGGUUUGCAUCUCAUUUUCUGUUUGGUCGUGUUGACUAGAAAUACACUGAGGCAUUAUUUUAAUGUCAUUUUAUAACAAAAACAACCUUUUUGAUAUACUUUAUUUUAGGAUUUGGAUGUUCAUUAGUCAAAAAAAAAAAGAAAAACUGCCAUCCCCCCUUUCCAUCCCUUAUGUCAUUUCAUCAAUGAAUGUGGUUUUACUGCUAUUUCAACAUUUAGAGUCAUCACCAGAAAAAUAACACCAGAAAAAUAACUUAUUUGACAAUUUUCACCCGUUUCAAGUAAAUUUUCACUUGACAGAAGUUUAUUUGAAUAUUAUAAAUUUAUCUUCUUAUUACAAACAAAAAAAUCUUGUUCCACUGGUAGAUUUUUCUACUUAUUCUAAGUGAAAAUCUACUUGAAACAGGUGAAAAUUGUUGUUU